UUGACUGCAAACCCAUCCGCUGUGCAGGAGAAGGGUUUUCUAGCACAAUGAUUGGAAGACUGGCCGCUCUGAUUCUUCUUGGUACAGUGUAUCUGAUUCAAACUGCAGAGGUUCCUCAACAGGUCUCUUUGACUUUGGUUGAACUUGGUGGAAAUGUUACGUUGUGGUGUCCAGUUUUCAGAGAAGGAUACUUUUACUGGUACAAGCAGACUUUGGGACAUAUGAUCCAAACAGUUGCUACAGUAACUUUCACUGGACAGAAACUUAGUCUGCAAUUGAACAACACACGUUUCAAAGUCACAGGAGGGAAGACUCAGUAUUCUCUUACCAUCAGAAAUAUAACCAAAGAGGACGAAGCAACAUAUUUCUGUCUCAUUGGAACAGCGUAUGGACAAAGUUUUGUCAACGUCACCUUCUUGGCUGUUAAAGAUCGUAAGCAGCAGAGAUCUUUCUACGUGAAACAAAGUCCGCUCACUGAGUCGGUCCAGCCGGGCGACUCGGUGACUCUCCAGUGUUCACUUGUCUCCAGGAACAAAGAAGACAGAGUCCAGUGUCCAGGUGAACACAGUGUGCACUGGUUCAGAUCUGGAUCAGGAGAAUCUCAUCCAGGCUUCAUUCACACUCACAGUGAUGCUCAAGAAGAAAGAAGUUGUGACUUCAGUCUGUCCAAAACUAUACACAACUCCUCUGAUACUGGGACCUACUACUGUGCUGUGGCCACAUGUGGAGAGAUCCUGUUUGGUGAAGGAACCCAAGUGGACACAAGUACGUUUUACAGUCUUGAAUGUUGAAUAGUGAAUUCUAUAGCUUCCUGAGGCCAACAAGGAGUGAGAAAUGCAGGUUUGCAUUGACACCUCUGUUUGAGGCCCUGCCACAACAAUGACAACGUUUCCAGGCAUCAUGUGUUUGUCAGUGGUGACUGUGAAUGUGUGUCUAUUUGUGUCUGUUAGUGUGUGAAUGUACAAAGCGUGUUCUCGCCCGUCAUUGAACCCGAUGAAGGCCACAAAC